UUCAGGUGAGGGAAUAGGAAGGGAGGUGACGGAAUAGGAAGGGGGGAGUGGUCCAGGGUCAGCACAGGUGAGUGAUGGAACACUGAGGGGUUGUCCACCUCCGAGCAGGACAAACAAAAAAACUGGGGCUAGUGGAGACACAGGAAGAGGAGGAGUCUAAAGAUUUAAUCAUUGUUUGUCCUGCCUCCAGAGAGGAGAACUUAACCCCAUACGUCCUGCACUGACAGGUGCCAGGAGCAACGGGAAGAAAGAAGAACUGUUCAGCGCACACCAGUAACCGCAUCUUUAUUGCUCUCCUGACCUUCUGAAGGGGGAACCAUGGAUGAGACAGAGCUGAGAAGAAUGUCUACUGGACAUGUCUUCUGUGUGAUUGCUGUAGUUCUGUCCAUUUAUAUUCCAACUCUGUUUUUGGAUGACUUUUCCUUCCUGGGAACACAUCUCAGCUGGCUGUGUAUCUGUUCCUUGUGUGUCAUAAUAGUCCAUAUCCUCUUUCUUCUAACACUGAAACCAAAUGCUUCCUCCAAAAAGAGUUCCCUUGCAAACAAGUUCAACAAGCUUACAAAGUCCUGCAUCUACUUUCUGAUUUCCUGCUUCCUCUUUCAUGGAAUUAUAGUCUUGUAUGGAGCGCCACUUGUUGAGAGUGUGGCAGAGACCUUUCUGUUUGCUGUUCUCUUAUCAUCUUUCACUACUUCACGUUGCCUGUGUCUACUAGGACCAAACUUUCCUGCCUGGGUCCGAGUUUUCAGUAAAGAUGGGGCAUUUUCUGUGUGGGAUCACAGCCUCCAAAUAACUACUGUAUGCAGUGUGGUGGGCGCUUGGCUUGGUGCAUUCCCUAUACCGUUAGACUGGGACAGGCCAUGGCAGGUGUGGCCCAUCUCCUGCUCACUUGGUGCUACCAUUGGGUAUGUGGUUGGUCUUCUCAUAGCUCCUCUGUGGAUCUACUGGAAUAGAAAGCGGCUCACCUACAAAAGCAGAUAGCAAGAACUCAAUACAUCCUAUUUAAAGGACUGUGAGCCAGGGUUCAGAGUCUUCGUUCUAUGUUACAGCUUAUCCAUGUGGUGUUACUGGCUGGCACAGUUCCUGCUUCAAUAGACUUAACCCUGAGAAAUUGUAAGUUUUCUUCACCAGAGGACUGGUCUGCAUUCCCUUCCACGUUGGAACCCAUUGUGUUUGAAAAGUAGGUCAAUAAAAAGCUUUUUGUUGUGGUG